AUGAACUUUGACGUUACUCCAGUUGAAGUAGUCACUCGUGAAUUCGUAGCAGUUAUCCUUGCGGGAUUUGGGAACGAACUGCUGCCUUUGACUGGUGAACAUGGUGAUGAGCCCUGUCCAAAGGCGUUGCUUCCGAUUUCAAAUAAACCCAUGCUCGACUAUCCCUUGUCAUGGGUCGAGCAGUCUGGUAUCAAAGAUGUCCUUUUGAUCUGUCCUUCAUCCCACCGCUCUGCAAUAUCACAUUAUAUCCACUCACAGUCUUCAUCUGCAUCCUUCUCUUCCGUUCACAUUGACCUCCAGACUUUCGAUGAAUCACAGGAACUAAGUGCAGGGACGUGCUCCGUACUUCGCCAUUUCGCCAACCGCAUCAAGGAAGAUUUCAUUCUCAUCCCUUGCGACUUCAUACCGCCACCUUCCCUACCUUUAUCAAAGCUGCUCAACAAGUUCCGCACGGACACGAUGUCGGAUGGUUCCAUUGUGACUUCGUGUUGGUAUGAACAUAAAUCAGACAAGCAAGCCACUCAAGACGAGUGGGGUUGGGGUUCUCCAGCAAAACCAACUCCGAUCGUAUGGGAUCAUCUCAGUGGCACCCUGUUAUAUGUAGAUAGUCCUUAUGAAACUGAUAAAAACAGGCAUGAACUAGAGUUGCGCAUGACCUUACUCUCAAGAUAUCCACAGGCGAAGUUGUCUUCGAUGCUGCUAGACUCGCAUGUUUACGUUUGUAAACGUGCUGUGCUCGACUUGUUGGCCCGGAAGACUCGGUUUGACUCUCUCAGAGACGACUUCUUUCCUUGGUUAUGCAAAUUGCAAUACCAAUCGACUAAGCAGGAAAAAUAUGCUACGAGCAUUCGAAUAGGAAUUAUAAUUCAUCGAGCGGAUGACGGGUUCGCUAUUCGCGUCAACAAUCUACCAGCGUACCUCGAAGCAAAUCGUCACUUCGUAGCUGAUACCUCCAUUGGAGACUUCACACGUGUCGAAGAGAAGUCAACCAUUAAAAAUUCUACAAUAGGAAAACAUUGUGUCAUCGGAAAGAUGGUGAAGAUUGUGGGAUGCGUUCUUCUGGAUCAUUGUGUGAUUUCUGAUGGGGCGAAGCUGGAUGGAUGCAUCUUGGGCAACAGUACUACUGUAGGAACGAAAGCAGAGUUGGUAAAAUGCGUUACCCAGGCUGGGUACGAAGUAAAAGAUAAUGAAUCAGUGCGACAUGAAAAGCUCGACAUUUCAGACUGGGCCGCACAACCGGAAGACAGCGAAGGCGAUGAUGAAGACAGUAUAGGAGAGGAAGAAAGCGACGAAGACGAAGACUGACCAGCCACAAUCACGUACUUUCUGUGGAAGGCUUGUAUACAGUGCAUAGACAACGCAAGACAGAAGUACACCGUUCACUGAGAAGACAACAUGAACAUCAUGUUGUCAUUUAAUUUCCAAGAUCUUAUGCAGAUUGCGAUCCUUGCGCAGGCUUCUUCGUGUCUUGUCUUCCCCCUGUCAACGUUCUGUGGUGACUCACCACUUUUACUUUGUCAGGCCGUCACCCCAGCCUACCGUCGAGUUUGAUACCAUGGAACUUUCAAUUCUUUUUUUUGUGCGAUAUGAAAUGAUACGUGUGCCAUUCCUUGCUCUUUAACAU